AUGAUGGCAGAAGGAGCACUUCUGUAUAGAGAAAUUCGAGUUCCGGUUGCAUCGAAUGACACAUUCUGUUUGAUGUCCAGCAUACAGCACCUAAUUACUGAAGACUAUGUCUGGGCUAUGGUCCCUAUCGUCCUAUGGAUGGCAGCUGUAAUCUAUGGUACGUUCAACGUCGCCUCCGCGUUCUCAUCACUGAGUCUUCGACGUUCCUUCAAGGAAUUGACGAUGGAACGCCAUUCACAACUGGAUGUCUUGGACGUAUUUCGAGUAGUUGCUAUCAUCUGGGUGAUAGUUAAUCACACUGGAAGCGAAGGACGAAUCGAUAUACUCGAUCGAUUACCGUCAGCUGAGAAGUUCAAGAGCCGAUCAGCCCAUUUGGCCGGCACUACAGGACAUAUCCUUCAUCCGUGCGCGAAUUACUUCGACUGGUCCCACUCCGAUGCAGUACUUCUAUUCUUCAUCUACAUAGCGGCUGGUCCUAUCACGAAGCGUUUUUUGCCAAGAUUCCAUUCGACUAUGAUCUCUGCAUGUGGCGUGUCGGGUAUCGCUGCACACCUUACGCUUCUGGGUAACUGGCAAUCUACGCCCACAUGCCUGGGCUAUUUAUGGUAUCUCGGACUGGAUAUGCAACUUCACAUAAUGGCCCCAUUCCUCCUGCACGCCCUCUACAAACGACCUGCUGUGGGAAAGUUGCUUUGCGUGCUAUUAAUCGUCACGUCAAUGUUCAUCCGAGCCGGUUACUGCAGUGCCUAUGAGGUCUGCCACAAGAGUGACGUCGACAUACCGUUCAUCUCGUAUCCUGGACAGGAUCCGGCAACACUGGCCAGCAUCUAUGGCGGCUUGUGGGAAAUGUACGCUCGUCCGUGCACAAAGUGUGGCCCGUUCAUACUCGGAUUGCUGCUAGGGACCGCCUCCACAAGCUUAAGACCCUCUCUGGACCGUCAUAGAUCACGCUACUUCGCCAGCACAUUUUUCGCACUCUGUGUAGCUGUGAUCUAUGCCAUUUUACCGCAGUACUGGUUCGGGGAUCAUCUGGAACGCUACAAUCUCUACUAUACUGCAACAUUCCGAACCAUUUUCGCUAUUGGCGUCUGUGGAAUGAUAUGGGCGUUCAUUUCACGGUUAGAAAGAAAAUCUACCUCAUAUAUAUGGUCGAUAUUGGCUCGACUCACUUACAACACCUACCUCCUUCAUAUGCCUGUCAUCUACCUCUUCAACUAUUCUCAAUAUCUCCAGCAAGCUCAAGGGGCCACCGAAUUGAUUGUAGUCGUUCCUUUCGUGGCUUUAUUAAGCUUUGCUGCUUCGUCAGUGUUCUACUUCUUUGUUGAGGCCCCAAUAGGAUAUGUGACUUCCAACUGUUUGGAGCAAAUAGACGGCGCUUUAAUGUAUUACUUCAUUAGGUUCAAAAACGCUUUGAAAUCCUCUCUCCUUCGAUUAUCCUCCUGA